CGCAGUGCGGGCUGUCAGAAAAUGGCCGCUUCCUAGGCGAAGGGGGGAAGGAACCGGAGCGGAGCUGUCGACUGAGGCGGGAGUGAGACUCAGCUUCCCUCAGCGCUGCAGGUCACACUUCAAAAUGAAUGUCAUCAAAGAGAAUAAAGAUUUGGCCUGCUUCUACACAACAAAACACUCAUGGAGGGGAAAAUAUAAGCGAGUCUUUUCUGUUGGUACACAUGCUGUAACCACUUACAAUCCCAGCACCCUUGAAGUUACUAAUCAGUGGGCUUAUGGAGAUAUCUGCAGCAUUGGUCCUGUAGGCAAAGGACAAGGUACAGAAUUCAACCUAACCUUUCGUAAAGGAAGUGGGAAAAAAUCUGAAACCCUCAAAUUUUCCACUGAACAUAGAACAGAGUUGCUGACAGAGGCAUUGCGGUUCAGGACUGAAUUUUCAGAGGGAAAAAUCACUGGAAAGCGCUAUAACUGUUACAAGCAUCACUGGACAGAUACAAGAAAGUCGGUUGUCCUUGAAGUUACUCCUGGAGGAAUAGAUCAGAUUGAUCCUUCAACUAAUAAGGUUCUCUGUUCCUAUGACUACAAAAACAUUGAAGGGUUUGCAGAACUGUCAGAUUAUCAGGGAGGCUUUUGCAUAAUUCAUGGCGGAUUUAGUCGAUUGCAUCUCUUUGCAUCUGAACAAAGGGAAGAGAUCAUCAAAAGUGCAAUUGACCAUGCAGGCAACUUCAUUGGCAUUUCUCUACGCAUCCGGAAAGAACCAUUUGAAUUCGAUUUGUACCAAAAUCACCGCUUUGGAAAAUACAGCAAUGAUGAAUCCAUUACAUCACUAGCAGAAUUCAUUGUGCAAAAAAUUGCACAAAGGCAUCAGGAUCCAGUGAAAAGAGUAUUAGCACUUACAGAAACGUGUUUAGUGGAGCGUGAUCCAGCUACCUACAAUAUUGUGACAUUAAAGCCUUUAGCAGAGAUAUUUUCUCUAGUGCUCGACCCUGAAAAUCCUCAGCAGUUUAAUAUCGAAUAUAUUAAAGGUCAUGUUUAUAAAUACUCAUCAACUGAAAGAGAUUCCUUAAUGGCUAGCCUGCUGGAUGGAGUGAGAGCUUCUGGGAACAGAGAUGUGUGUGUAAAGAUGAUGCCAACUCACAAGGGCCAGAGAUGGGGUUUACUGAGUAUGCCAGUAGAUGAAGAAGUAGAAAGUCUACAUCUCAGGUUUCUAAAUGCCCCACCAAAUGGUAACUUUUCAGAUGCAGUUUUCAGGUUUAAUGCAAACAUCUCCUACAGUGGUGUUCUGCAUGCAGUGACACAAGAUGGUCUUUUUUCAGAGAACAAGGAGAAACUGAUUAAUAAUGCUAUCACAGCAUUGCUCUCUCAAGAAGGAGAUCAAAGUGCCAAUAAUGCAGAACUGGAGAGUCAAUUUCAGGCUGUAAGACGGUUGGUUGCUUCAAAGGCUGGCUUUCAAGCUUUCACAAAGCUUCCCAAGUUUCGGGAGAGGCUUGGUGUGAAGACGGUGAAAGCUUUGAAAAGAAACCAUGAUGGUGUUACACAUGCUGCCAUUGAUAUGUUAUGUGCCCUGAUGUGUCCAAUGCAUGAUGACUAUGACUUGAGACAAGAGCAAUUGAACAAAGCAUCACUUCUAUCCUCAAAAAAGUUCUUAGAAAACUUACUUGAUAAAUUCAAUGCCCAUGUGGACCAUGGGACAGGUGCACUGGUGAUUAGUUCCCUUCUUGAUUUUCUUACCUUUGCACUCUGUGCUCCAUACAGUGAGACAACUGAAGGACAGCAGUUUGAUAUGUUGUUAGAAAUGGUGGCAGAAAUUGGAAGAACCUUAUUCAAACUUUUCCAGCACCCUUCAAUGGCGAUUGUAAAAGGUGCUGGUUUAGUGAUGAAAGCUAUUAUUGAGGAGGGUGACAAGGAAAUAGCUACAAAGAUGCAAGAACUUGCCUUAAGUGAAGGUGCUCUACCUUGUCACUUGCAUACAUCAAUGUUUACAGUUAGUGCAGAUCAGCGCAUGCUGACUAAUAGGCAGUUAAGUAGACAUCUGGUUGGUCUUUGGACAGCAGAAAAUCCAACAGCAUUGAAUUUGUUAAAACGGAUAUUGCCAACAGGGUUAUUGGCGUUCCUUGAUAGCACAGAGCAAGUACCAGAGAAAGAGGUUGACAGGAUGCAUAUCAGGGACAACUUAAAAAUUGCAGCAGAUCAAUAUGGAAAAUUUGGUAAGGUACCAGAAUGGCAACGCCGAGCUGGAAGGGCUGCUAAGGAGGUUGAAAAAUUUGCCAAAGAGAAAGUUGAUUUACUUUUAUUGCACUGGAGGGACAGAAUGGGCAUUGUUCAAAAAGAGCAGGAUAGGAACAAUCUGAAUCCUAACCAAAAACCAGUUAUUUUAAGAAAAAGACGACAAAGGAUUAAAAUAGAAGCAAAUUGGGAUCUCUUCUAUUAUAAAUUUCAGAUGGAUCAUGCCAAAUCCAACUUAAUCUGGAAUUACAAAACAAGAGAAGAAUUAAGAGAUGCUUUUGAAGCAGAAAUGAGAGCGUUUAACAUCGAUAGAGAGCUGGGCAAUGCCAGUGUUAUCUCAUGGAAUCACCAGGAAUUUGAAGUUAAGUACGAAUGCCUCGUAGAUGAAAUCAAAAUUGGAGAUUAUUAUCUGCGUCUGCUCUUGGAAGAAGGGGAAAAUGAAGAGAUCGGUGCAAUCAAGAGAUCGUAUGAAUUUUUCAAUGAGUUGUAUCAUCGCUUCUUGCUUACUCCUAAAGUGAAUAUGAAGUGUUUAUGUUUACAAGCUUUGACCAUUGUUUACGGCAAAUGCUAUGAGGAGAUAGGACCAUUCAGUGAUACUAAAUACAUUGUUGGAAUGCUGGACAGGUGUACAGACAAACUGGAGCGGGAUAGACUAAUUCUUUUUCUAAACAAACUGAUUCUUAACAAGAAAAAUGUUAAGGAUAUCAUGGAUUCCACUGGAGUGAGAAUCCUUGUGGACUUGCUUACUCUGGCUCACCUCCACACAAGCAGAGCUACUGUUCCAUUGCAGAGCAAUGUUAUUGAAGCAGCACCUGACAUGAAGAGAGAAAGUGAAAAAGAAUGGUACUUUGGCAAUGCAGAUAAGGAACGCCGUGGUCCUUACAGUUUUGAAGAGAUGACAGAAUUUUGGAAAAAUGGUGUACUGACACCAAAGACUCGUUGCUGGGCACAGGGAAUGGAUGGUUGGCGGGCAUUGCAGAAUAUUCCACAGCUGAAAUGGUGUCUCUUAGCUAAUGGACAACCUGUACUGAAUGAGACUGAUCUUGCUACACUUAUUCUUAACAUGCUUAUUACCAUGUGCGAAUAUUUCCCCAGCAGGGAUCAAGAUAAUGCUAUUAUAAGACCCCUACCCAGAAUAAAGCGAUUGCUCACAGACAAUACAUGCCUUUCUCACAUUGUUCAGCUUUUGGUGACUUUUGAUCCCAUUCUGGUUGAGAAAGUUGCUAUCUUGUUGCACUAUGUGAUGCAGGACAACCCACAGCUGCCUCGCCUCUACCUCACUGGUGUAUUUUUCUUUAUAAUGAUGUACACAGGUUCCAAUGUACUUCCUAUUGCAAGGUUUUUGAAGUAUACUCACUUGAAGCAGGCAUUCAGAACAGAAGAGGCAAAAGGACAAGAUUUGGUGCAGCGGAGUGUUCUGGGACAUAUUCUUCCUGAAGCAAUGGUCUGUUACUUGGAAAACUAUGAACCAGAAAAAUUUUCAGAGAUUUUCCUAGGUGAAUUUGAUACUCCAGAAGCAAUUUGGAGCAAUGAAAUGAGGCGAUUAACAAUUGAAAAGAUUGCUGCUCAUUUAGCAGAUUUUACACCUCGCCUGCAAAGCAACACAAGAGCCUUGUACCAAUACUGCCCCAUCCCUGCAAUCAGCUAUCCUCAACUGGAAAAUGAGCUUUUCUGUAACAUCUACUAUCUUAAACAUCUCUGUGACACAGUGCAUUUUCCUGACUGGCCUAUUAAAGAUCCUGUAAGAUUGCUUAAAGACACACUGGAUGCUUGGAAAAAGGAAGUGGAAAAGAAGCCUCCUUCAAUGUCAAUUGAUGAAGCAUACGAGGUUUUGAACCUUCCAAAGGGACAAGGAAUGCAGGAUGAGAGCAAGAUAAGGAAAGCUUACUUUCGCCUUGCGCAGAAGUAUCACCCGGACAAGAAUCCUGAAGGCAGGGAUGUCUUUGAAAAGGUGAACAAGGCUUAUGAAUACUUGUGCACAAAAUCAGCCAAAGUGGUAGAUGGGCCUGAUCCUGAGAACAUUAUCCUUAUUUUGAAAACGCAAAGCAUCCUCUUCAACAGAUACAAAAAGGACCUUGAGCCCUAUAAAUAUGCAGGAUACCCGAUGUUGAUAAAAACUAUUACCAUGGAAACUUCAGAUGAUCAACUGUUUUCCAAGGUGUCCUUGUUGCCGGCUUCCACUGAAUUGGCCUUUCACACUGUAAACUGCUCAGCAUUGAAUGCUGAGGAGCUUCGCAGAGAGAAUGGAAUAGAGGUACUACAAGAUGGCUUUGCACGUUGUGUGGCAGUGUUAACAAACUCGAGCAAAAAGGAUGAUAUGGCUGUGCAGGUUUGUGGCCAUAUCUGCCAGUGCUACAGCGUCGCAGCUCAGUUUGAGGAAUGCAGGGAAAAGAUAACAGAAAUGCCCACAAUCAUAAGAGACCUCUGCAGGUUGCUGUAUUAUGGCAAAAAAUUACCGCGGAUGGCGAUGUUGGCAGUAGAAUGUAUCGGUUCUUUUUCUGUGGAUUACUGGUUACAGACGCAUUUGUUUCAAGCUGGUAUUUUGUGGCACCUUCUUGUCUAUCUCUUCAACUAUGACUACACACUGGAAGAAAGUGGCAUUCAAAAGUCUGAAGAAACCAAUCAGCAGGAAGUUUCUAACAGUCUUGCAAAGAUCUGUGUAACUGCUCUGAGUCGAUUAGGUGGUUAUUUGCCAGGAGAAAAGGCAACGCCUGAAAACCCUACCAUAAGGAAAUGCUUGGCAGCUUUAUUAUCACCUUAUGUCUCAAGAAGGCUUUCUAAAGAUAGUCCAGCAGAGAUCCUCAAAAUGCUCAACAGUAACACUGAAAACCCAUAUUUGAUCUGGAGCAAUGGUACCAGAGCAGAACUGCUGGAAUUCCUUGAAGCACAGCAGGAAAGCAUGAUAAAAAGGGGGGAUUGUGAUAAAAAUUAUGGUGCAGAGUUUGUUUUCAGCGAACAUGCUAAGGAGCUCAUUGUCGGUGAAAUUUUUGUCCGAGUCUACAAUGAACAACCAGCAUUCCCAUUAGAGUUUCCAAAGGCAUUUGCAGCCAGCCUGCUUGAUUAUAUAGGCUCACAAGCACAAUACCUACACACACUAAUGGCCAUCACACAGACUGGAAAAGUGGAAUCUGAUCAAUAUGAAGACAGAUUAAGGCGAGCUGAAAUGGCUUUGGAAGCACUACGUAAUGUCAUCAAAAACAAUCCAGGUGCCGAAAUGGAAUGCAUUGGUCACUUUAAAUUAAUCUUUUCUCUCUUACGGGUGCAUGGAGCUGGGCAGGUCCAACAGCUUGCAUUGGAGGUAGUGAACAUAGUAACGGCUAAUCAAGAAUGUGUAAAUAACAUUGCUGAAUCAUUAGUCCUUUCGAAUCUUCUGGUUCUACUGCAUUCUUUGCCAUCCAGUCGCCAGCUCGUCCUUGAAACACUCUAUGCUUUGACAUCAAAUACAAAGAUCAUAAAAGAAGCCAUGGGGAAAGGUGCCCUCAUAUAUCUUCUAGACAUGUUUUGUAAUUCAACACAUCCUCAAAUUCGAGCCCAAACUGCAGAGCUCUUUGCCAAAAUGAUCACAGAUAAGCUUGUUGGACCAAAGGUGAGGAUAACUUUGACCAAAUUUCUACCUGGUGUCUUCAUGGAUGCCAUGAGGGACAAUCCUGAAGCAUCUGUGCACAUAUUUGAAGGGACUCAUGAAAAUCCAGAGCUGAUAUGGAAUGACAACUCCAGGGAGAGAGUGUCUACAACUGUUCGAGAAAUGAUGCUUGAGCACUUCAAGCAGCAAUAUGACAAUCCAGAUAUAAACUGGAAGUUGCCUGAGGACUUUGUAGUUGUCUAUGGUGAAGUUGGAGAUGAAUUGUCAGUAGGAGGAGUCUUCUUGAGGAUCUUUAUUGCACAGCCAGGUUGGGUUCUUCGCAAACCUCGGGAAUUUCUUGUUGCAUUGCUGGAGAAAUUAACUGAGCUUCUGGAAUCAAAUAAUCCUAAUGGUGAAACUUUAGAAAUGGUUACCACAGCAGCAGUCUGCCUCUUUUAUUCGCAGCCUCAGCUGGCAGACCAGGUACCUCCAUUAGGCCACCUUCCUAAAGUUAUUAACGCUCUGAACCACAAAAAUAAUGCCAUCCCCAAGUCAUCAAUCCGGCUCAUUCAUGCUCUUUCUGACAAUGAGUUUUGUGUCCGAGCCAUGGCUGUACUGGAAACCAUUGGGCCUUUGAUGAAUGGAAUGAAGGUUCGAUCGGAUAUGAUAGGCCUUGCCUCGGAGUCUCUGAAUCGAAUGUUCCAGAAGGAGCAGACUGACUUGGUGGCUCAGGGUCUGAAGAUGGAGUUGGUGCCAUAUCUUUUGCAGCUGUUGGAAGGAGUAGGACUUGAGAGGGUUGAAAACCCAGCUGCUACUAAAGCUCAGAUUGUAAAUGCACUUAAAUCAAUGACACGGAGUUUACAAUAUGGUGAACAGGUGAAUGAAAUCCUGUGUCGUUCUUCUGUGUGGAGUGCCUUUAAAGACCAGAAGCAUGAUUUAUUCAUUUCUGAGUCUCAUGCAGCAGGAUAUCUGACAGGUCCUGGAAUUGCUGGCUAUCUUACUUCAGGAACAAUAUCACCAGUAAUUCCAAGUGGACCACCCCCUGUAGACAGUGAAGUGGUUGAUGUAGCCAGAUGAAAGAUGGCCAACACUCCUUGCCUUGAAGAUGAAGUACAUCAUAGUUGUGAACCAUCCUUAUUAUGACCUGAAUAAAGUGUUGUAAACAAUUACAAAGAAGUUAAUUCUUCCCACUUGUUACAUUCAGAAUAUAAUGCUUACAUUUUAUUUGUAAAAUGGUAAUUUUAUACAGGUGAUCAACAAGUUCCAUUGAAAAUGGUAUUGUUCACGAAAUGGAAAGCUCAAGAUUUUUCAAAUACCCAAAUAUUUACUUUCUUUGCACUUGAUAUAUCUGACUGUAAAUCUAAAUACUGGAUUGUUUUUCUUAAUUUUACAGUUUUAGUUUUCAGUUUGUGGGAUAGCAGGAGUUGGAAUCUCUCCAACUGGUUAACCUUCUGCCUGAAAUUUUAAAAGCACGACAGUAAGGCAAGUUUUUUUGAGAAGUAACAAACAUUAACUAAACCAGUUUCUGAUCAGGCCAUGGACCACUGUUCUGCUACUGGCUAAUCUUUAAUGAGCCUGCUUAAAACGUUGUAAAACAUUUGUAUAACUGCUUUCUAUUUCUGAUGAGAUGCCUCAAAAGUGCUAACCUGGACAUUCAUAUUAUAAAUACUUAAUGUAAUUGUGACCUGUGCUAUACAAUACCAAUAUGUAAACUUUCUAUAUUUGAAUGUACAUUAGUAAAUCAGUCUUGUACAUAAAAUUUUAAGAAUAAAGUGCAAAGGGAAUUAG